UUUAAAAGAGCGCUACACAGCGGUCACAUCAUGCAAUCUCUAAUCCGGCUCCAUCAAGGCUGGAGUGACGAACUUCCUGCCUACAUUAUCUUGUAUUCAGGGUGAUUUUUUUAUCCACUGUAAUUACUGAAAGGGAACAGAGUGAUAACAAAUAUGACGUAGAGACCUCGAGCUAACGUCGCGAAGCAGCUAAAAGCUAAAGAGUCUCGUCGUGACAGUCAACGAUGUUCUUUGUAUUCAUGAUGUCUUCCUUUGAGCAAGGACGGGGAAUUGGAAAACCACAAAGAGACUGAGCUGGUGUUUGUGUGUGUGUGGAGAAAGCCAACUUGAAUAGGAUAUCCCGAGCUCACAUUCGCCAGGAUUGUCAUAGUUUGUUUUUUACGGCACGUUCAAUGCAGCGGUCGUCUGUUGACUUCUUCAUCGAGUGGAAGCAGGCUUUCUCCAGUUGCAUUUCCUCUGAUGAGAUGAGCGUGCGUGCGGGGCAGGGCAGUGACGAGGUGCUGGUGUCGCAGGCGGUGUGGGAUUACCUUGCAGCUGCUGGACGGCCCUGGUUGGUUGACUUCGAGGACAAGCAGGGACUGAGCGCUGAUAUUAUCCGGCGUGGAGAGCGUGGCGGCUGCUGUGCCGUGCGUCUCUCCCCGGUGGAAGGCAGCAGCCGGGCUAGAACUGGUAUGAUGGAGAGUCUUGUUUCUCCUGUUACACGGAAAGCAUUCAUAGACUUAUGCCGCUGUGCCCGAAAGGAGAUGACCAAACAGGAGGCGGCUCCUAAAAGGAAACGUUCGUUGUUACCCUGUGUGGCUGCAAUGGAACCUGAUGGAGAAAGGAGCUUGUUGCCUCCACCUCCACCUCAACCACGGCGCUCGCAGAGGCAACAGCAGAAAUACAGGAAAAGCGCAGAUAUGGACACGUGUGUAGUUUUACCCAUGCAGCAGGAGGCUUCUGCGAGGACAGUGUCUGAAUUAGUUGUUUGUCAUGAAGAAGAGAGCACCGUUUGCUCCAUCUGCAUGGGUGAAAUGGUGGAAAAGACAACUCUGGACAAAUGCGGCCAUGCAUUUUGCAGGUCCUGCCUAGAACAGGCAUUUCAAGUAAAGAAAGCCUGUCCUGUGUGCAGACUAGUAUACGGUCAGCUCAUCGGUAACCAGCCAGCCAAUGGGAGCAUGAUGGUUGAAAGAGACCCAGACCUGGAGCUGCCUGGCCAUGAAGGUUAUGGCUGCAUAUGCAUUAUUUACAGCUUCCCUCCUGGUUUGCAGGCGCAAGAGCAUCCAAACCCCGGAGUGAGGUAUCCAGGCACAGACCGGGUGGCGUACCUGCCAGACAACCCUGAGGGAAACCGCGUGCUCCGCAUGCUGCGGCGGGCAUUUGAGCAGCGGCUCAUCUUCACCAUAGGCACCUCCAUGACCACCGGCAUGCAUAAUGUUAUUACUUGGAAUGAUAUCCACCAUAAGACCUCUAUAUGGGGUGGACCACGAUGCUUUGGUUAUCCAGAUCCCACAUACCUUGUGCGGGUGACAGAAGAGCUGCGAGAGAAAGGAAUAACCGCUGACUGAUUUGCUUCUAGCACUUAAAAAGGAUGGCAAAUGUGUAUGUGUGUUUGCUUAACCACAGUUCCAACACAAAGCCACUGUGUGGAAUCAAGCCACAGUCAUCUGCUGCAGAACGACAGUUCACAAUGUUUCAUUUUGAUCUUCAUGUUUAGCUUUGUUCUUUAGUUUACUUGAGUGUGUUUCACAUACAGUAUUUUCUUUGGUACAAACCUGGGGUGCACUUUACUGAAACACUCAGCUGAGAUUAAAAUACCCACUGGACUGCUGAAAUGCGAAUGUCUUGAAGGUGUACAUGUUUCCUCAUCCGCAGUACAGCCUUUCUCUUCCCAGCUUCAGGUUCAAAUCACUGGACUCCCUCUUCUAACUCCACUUCUUCCAUUCUAGACUAUGCUUAAUAACAUUUUCAAUUUACGGUAACAUCAGAGCGGAGAUAAAUGAGGGACAAACGGCACAGCACAGCUAAAUGGGUACAGCUGGGACAAUCCCAUUCAACCCUUUUUCUUUUUUUCCCUAGUAAUCAGCACUAAGAGGCACUUUGCAAUGGAAGUAAUCUUUCUAUUAUGAGAAUUUAAAGUGGAUUCUGCUUGAUCUUCCAGAGUGCAGGAUCUAGAGUCUUUAUUUGUAGGCCUUCCUGAUUAUAAGGUCCUAGUCAAAUAGAUGCAAGUCAAUUUUCUUUUUGUCCUGCUUUUCAUUAUCUACAAUGUUUUGUCUUUUUUGUUUUGACUAUGGUGUGCUUAAAAGGUAAUCUGUUUAUGUUUGUUGGGUUCACUUUUCCCUAGUUUGCGUUUUCAGAGGAGUUUACAGAUUUUUGUGUUCAUCCAUUUUGGAUGUCUGUCACGGAUAAAUAAAAUGAUGUCAAAAUGAAAGGGCGCUUAAAAAAACUGAUACCAAACUAAAAGCAUAA